AUGCCUCUCCAAGACAUCCCCGAUAUCCUCCUCCUCUGCAUGGAGAACAAACACAGCGCAGCAUUCCAUCAAGCGCUAGCAACCUUCUGGCCGACCUACCAAACCGGCCCCAAGAUCCCCAUCACAGUCGAAAGCGAGUCUCUGAAGUCACUCCCCAAAACCUCGUCUUACCAGCUAGUCGUGUCCCCGGCCAACUCCUACGGCCGGCUAGACGGGUCCUUUGACGACGCCAUCUCACGCGUCUUCUGCCUUCCAGACCAUCCUUACGACACGUUAACCGAUGCCGCGCAACGGGUGCUCUACGAUCGAUACAGAGGCUACGCGCCCUCCGGCACAUGCACCCUCGUCCCGUUCCCGUAUGAACUGCUCGGCAAGAACCCCUGGGGCUGUCAAUGGGUUGCGAUCUGUCCGACCAUGCGCACGCCGCAGAACGUCACCUGGGAUCGGGAGAUCGUGUACAAGUGUAUCUGGAGCUUGCUGUGUGAGCUGGAGCGCUGGAAUCGCGACGUUCGCGAGGGCAAGGUGAAAGGCAAGCGCAUCAAUCGGAUCCUUAUGCCCCCGAUGGCGACCGGGUGUGGGAUGGUUAGUCCUGAGAAAUGGGCCGCGCAGUUGGUGCUGGCGAUGAAGCAUUUUGUGGACGCGCUGGAGAGGCCGCAGCGGUGGAGUCGGUUGGACUGGCGCAGUAUUCUUGAGGAGGGGAAGGAGAUCGAGCAGAUAAAGAAUUUGGGGACGCAGUGA